UUUUGGAUUGACAAAAAGUCUUGAGAAUGUAAUAACAAAUUUUUCAUACAUAUAAAUAAAUCGAUCUAGGACAUUUCGGCGCCAGGUGUUAUUAUGGACAUUCUGUUGGAUGAAUUACCAGAAGAAAUCUUACCCUUGUUAGACUGGUUUGAAGAAAAUUAUAUAGGUAGAUUUCAUAGAAAUCGACGUCGAAAUGCACGUUUUCCUCCAAAUCUGUGGAAUGUCCACGAACGAGUUUUAAAUAAAAAUGAUAAAACUAAUAAUUAUGCCGCUGCCGCUAAUAGACGACUCAAUGUUCAAAUGGGGGUUACUAAUCCAACACUAUGGGCUUUUAUAUCUUGCUUAAGAAAAAUACAGAGUGGUCGGGAUACUUUUUAUUGCCAAUUAGAAGCUAGUAAAAGCCCACCGAAAAAACAAAAACAAUUUUUGGAUGUUGAUAAGCGAAUCUUUAAAAUAGUUAGCAAUUAUAAUAAUAGGGACAUAUUAACAUUUUUAAGAUGUAUCGCUCAUAAUUUAAGCAUGACAUAUUAA